GAGCUGUCGCUGUGUGAUGACGUGCUAAACCUCGGUGACCGUGAGCUUCUUUGACAUGUUGGUUGAAAAAGAAACGUGCUGACAACAAACAUGAUGAAUUUAGCGGCUUUAGUGCAGAGCCUCAGAUGCUCGCUGUUACACAUUGAGAGGAGACUCCUGCAGGCGGCCGGACUGACGAUAGACAGACAGCUGGGUCCAGCUCUGGCAGUAAAUGGCCCCAGCCUCUUGCCUCAGCUCCGCAGGGAGGAGGAGCAGCAGCAGAGCCCCGAGCAGCCUGCUGGCCUCCUGGACAGCAUCCUGUGGAUGGCAGCACCCAAGAAGAGGCGCACCAUAGAGAUCAACCGCACCAGGAGGAGAGCUGAAAACAAACUCCUGAGAGUGAAGAACAACAUCGAGCCGUGUCUAGAGUGUGGCCACUUGAAGCAGAAACACAUCAUGUGUGGCUUCUGUUACGCCAAGGUGGCCAAGGAGACGGCUCGGAUUCGUAGUCAGAUACAAGCGAUGGAAGGCGGCCCGCUGAGGGCCCCGACUGUGGAGACUGUCAUCCUGUAUGAGGGUGAGACACCGAGUGAGCAGGACAAAGACAAGAGGAUUGUGGAGCGUCCCCGGAAGAGGCCGGCCUGGUUCAGUCAGUGAUGCUGAGAUAUUAAUGCAGAGUGUGGUACACACUUUGAGUUUAACACCGGUCAGACGCACACUGAUGCUUCAUAUGAUGCAGUAAACAGCAUAUUUUGUUCAGUCUGUUAUUCAGUAAAAGCAGGUGGCUGAUUGAUCAGUUUUGUUUUCAUAACUAACUUCCAUAAAGUGAUUGUUUGAUCAGCAGUGACACCAGGAGACGUGAUAAAUGCCGGCACAUCGGCCACAGUCACUUACAGCUGUGAACAUACUGAACUGUAUCAGCAAUGUGUGUGUUUAGGGCCACAAAGUCAUUCAAGUUUUGGGUAUCAGAUAUAAUUUUUUGUCAUUGUUUCAAUUGUUGUCAUAUGUUUGACAGACAUACACUUACUGUAUAUUUGAAUUUUUGAGAAUAAAUUUAUCAUUUGAAAAAAA